UGCUGACACUCUCUAAGUCAGCCCCUUGAGACGGGUAGGUGCGGCAGCUGGAUCCUCUUGGAGAGUCACUGGUGAUAUUCACAUUCCAGGCCUGUGCCCGGUCCUUUCAUGGAGCUCCUGCUGAGGAGAGGGGCAGAGAUUCGGUCUCAGAUCCAGCAGCAGGGUCUGAAGAUGCCCUUUGCUGAGGUGCUAGAACUCCACACUGGAGACGUGCAGGCCAUGGGGCAGAAGCCCAUCACCUUCCUCCGACAGGUGUCUGCGGCCUGUACUUACCCCCCGCUACUCAAUGAUCCAAAACUGCCCAGCGAUGUCAAGCAGAGAGCUCGAAGCAUCCUGGCCAACUGCGCUUACAACAGCAUCGGGUGCUACGGAGAGCCAGCGGGGAUCCACAUGGUUAGAAACUCAGUGGCAAAUUACCUGGAAAGACGAGACGGAGGGAUCCCAGCAGAUCCCGAGAACAUUUUCCUCUUCAAUGGGACAUUGCGCGCCUUUGCUCUUAUUUACGGUUUUCUGAUGGCGAGGGGCAACUCCAAGAGGACGGGCAUCCUGGUUCCAGCACCCAGUAGCCCGGCCGGCCGGCGCUUCAUUACACUGUUGGACGGGGUGGCCCUGCCCUACCAGCUGGAUGAGGAGAGUGGCUGGACGGUGCGGUCCGAAGAGCUGAGGAGAGUGCUGAAGGAAGGUUGCGGGUCCUGCCAUCCUAUGGUGCUGUGCGUCGUCAACCCGGGCAGUCUCACAGGGCACGUGAUGGACAGAGCCUGCAUGGAACGGAUAAUCCGAUUCGCCGCUGCUGAGAGGCUCCUGUUAUUGGCUGAUGAGGGCCACCCAGUGGACGUGUACAGUGGGAGCCUCCAGCUGCUAUCCUUCAAGAAAGUCCUGCACGAGAUGGGCCCCGAUUUCUCCAGAGUGGUGGAGUUUAUCUCCUUGAACUCUGUCUCCAGGGGACACAUUGGGGAGUCGGGUGCUCGGGGUUGUUUCGUGGAGGUGCUGAACAUGGAUCCCGCGGUGCAGAGUUACUUCAGAAACAUGGUGGGCACGUUUGUCUCGUGCUCGCUGCCAUCUCAGAUCGCCAUGGAGGUGGCCACCAACCCACCCGAUCCUGGAGACCCCUCGUACCCACUCUUCCAGGCUGAGAAGCAGGAGUCUGUGUCGAAGUUGUCCGCUAAAUCUCAGCUGACAGAAGAAAUGCUGAACCGCAUUUCCGGGGUGCACUGUACCCCCAUCCACAGCGGCAUUUAUGCCUUCCCGAGGAUCGAGCUCCCGGCCAGAGCCAGAGAAGUGUCCGCGGCCUUGGGCCAACCACCCGAUGUCUUCUACUGCCUCCGCCUGUUGCAGGCCACAGGUUACAUGUUGGGUCCCGGUGAGGAGUUUGGUCAAAAGGAAGGCACUGCACACUUCAGAAUGACCUUUGCCCUUCCCAUGGAGGACCUGACGCUUGCCCUGGAGAAGAUCGCGGAUUUCCACCAGCGGUUCAUAGCCGAGUUCUCCUGAACGCCAGGACUGGGAACGGGCGUCGAAACCACCAGCCAACCUGGGAAUGGGACUUGCCUGUCUCUGACCUGCCCAGUGCACUGAUUGCCCACACCUACCUGCAAUAAACUAUGUACACAUUG